GUGAAUGAUGAGCUCGUGAGUAACAUUGGCCGUGGACUAUGUGUUUUGAUUGGUAUUUCUCAGAAUGACACAAAGGAAGACGCCAAUUACAUGGCCCGUAAACUGUUGAGUAUUCGUUUAUUCGACGACGAUGCCGGCAAACGAUGGCAGAAGAGUGUUAAGGACUUGCAGUAUGAAUUACUUUGUAUUAGUCAAUUCACUUUGUACAAUCGGCUGAAAGGGAACAAGCCGGAUUUCCAUUUGGCCAUGCAAGGUGCCGAUGCAUCGAAUUUAUACAACUUUGUUCUGCAGCAACUUGGCGACCAAUAUUCAGCGGACAAAAUCAAAGACGGGAAAUUUGGCGCUAUGAUGCAAGUUCAUAUACAAAACGACGGUCCAGUCACUAUUGAAAUUGAAUCGCCGAAGAAAGAGAAUGAAAAUGCCAGUAAAUAAAUUCGAAAAAUUGUUUGGAAAUUCAAUUGGAAUGAAAAUUUAUGAAAUAAUUAUUUUAUAUAAAAAAAAAUGAAGAAUUUCAGUAAAGAAACGAUUCGUGAGACGUAAAAGAAUGUAUGUUUUUUUCUCGAUUUAUAUUUUUGAAAAGGAAAGUAUGUUUUCUGUUGAUUCUAUCUGCGUUAAAAGAAAGUAUGUUGGCAUCCCGUCUAGCCUCCGCGGUUUUUCACGGUUUCCGCGGAACUGAUAAGAGAUAACAACUUGGUCAGCAAAGUUGUAGUA